UUCCGGUUUAAAGAGAAAGUUGAUCAAACGUGACGUAUACACAAAUAGAAUUCAACAGAAAAAUGGGUCCCUUUAAAUUAAAGAGGGAGUACCUGCUUGCUUCAGUGUGUGUGAUUCUGAGGGUACCUUCCCUAUUUAUAAUGGAGGUGUGGUUCAGAACAGAUCCUCAGCGAGCCAUAGAUGCACGCUCAGUAGACCCUGGCCAUGCUGAAUUCAUCACAACGAUGGUCUACUACUCAAUUUUGGCCUUUGCUGUAGCAGUUUUAUUGAUGCCCCUCAGGAAGUUAGUGUCUCUUUAUAUGUACAUUGUGAGCCUAGUCCUGCUUCUUAUGGCUCAUCACCUUGCACAGAUUUUUGUGGAAAUGGAGGUAGAUGAACCAGAGACUUACAUUUUUAGUGACAGUGCAGCUCUCAAACGAUUAGGUCUUCAUUUAACCGCUCAGUGUGUGAUGGCAGCCCUCAUUGCGUAUCUGAUUGACAUCACUUCCUGGAAACGGUUUGUCCUCCUCGUGUACACCCUUCCUAUGAUAGCCAGGAUAGCAGGCAUCCCACUCGCUGCCCUGGAACACAUACAUCACUUCUGUUCCUUAUUUACUGUGAUUUUAAUUAUGUUAUUUUUAUUCAACAACAUUGGAUUUGUGCUAGAUAUAGUCAAAGAAAACUUGAUUCGGUGGAAGGCGUUGGCAGACACUAUAGGCUGGAUCUCCCUUCUGUUCACAGCCUGGCACACCAUCCUCCUACCCAUUCAGUUCCUUGUCUUCUGGAUUGUCCUCUUCUGUACCCAGCUUUAUGUGUACAUGAUUAAGACACCAAUAAGCCUGUCACAAGAGGGCUGGCUUCUAUUUAUUCUGGCUUGUGUGGGGGAGUGUUGUGCUACACCCAUCAGCCUUAUAGCUCUCUGUAUCACUAUAGCUUAUGCAUCAUACUACAUCCUGACCCUCACUAAACUGUACCUCCAGGGAUGGACAGCAUUUACUGCUGACCAUGAUGUGAUGAGGGGAUGGACAGAGGGUUUUACAAUGAUGUUAAUAGCUGUACAGACCGGUCUAUUGGACCUUAAACCUCUUCAGAGGGCAUUCCUCAUGUGUGUAUUGCUCUUCAUUGUGGCAUCUUCACUCAUCCAGUCUAUGUAUGAGAUGGCAGACCCAAUUCUGCUUGCUCUGAGUGCUUCACACAAUAAAAAUGUAUUCAAACAUGUCCGAGCAAUACUUCUUUUUACAUUCCUGUGGUUGUUUCCCCUUUACAUGACAUACUCCAUAUGCCAAUACUUUGACCUGGAUUUCUGGCUUCUGGUCAUCAUGUCCAGCUGCCUAUUAACAUCAGUGCAAGUUGUUGGAUCGUUAGUGAUUUAUUCUUUAUUUAUGUAUGAUGGACUCAGAACUGAGCCGUGGGAUUCACUGGAUGAUAUUGUGUAUUACACUCGAUCUUUUGUGAGGAUUCUGGAGUUCAUUGUUGCAGUGUUUGUAGUGUGUUAUGGAAUGAAGGAAUCCAUCUUUGGUGAAUGGAGUUGGAUAAAUUCCUCCAUUUUAAUUAUUCACUGUUAUUUCAAUGUGUGGCAGAGACUCCAGAGUGGAUGGAAGACUUUUCUGUUGAGGAGAGAAGCCGUCAAGAAAUUGGAAUCCCUUCCAUCAGCCUCUCCCCAGCAGCUAGAGGAAUACAAUGACGUCUGCCCAAUUUGUUACCAGGCUCUCUCGUCUGCAAAAAUCACUCCCUGUGGACACUUCUUCCAUGCAACUUGCCUCAAAAAAUGGCUUUAUGUAAAAGACACAUGCCCUAUGUGUCACAAAAAGCUGCAUGAAACCGUAGAGGAAUCCCAGAAUUCAUAUGAGGAGAGACCUGCUCAAAAUGAUGUUAAUCCCACAGAAAAUGAAGAGGAAAACUCGGAAGCAGAAUCAGAACUAUCUAUUCAGAGUGAGGAAGAUUUAGAACUCUCAGAUGACAGUUCUGGAGACUCAGUAUAGUCUUCUCUGGAUGAGGUUUAACAGAUCUUGUUCUACUCUGAGCUGAAGCCAUGUGAAAUUAAAAAGAAUGAAAAUUAUGGUGAUAUCAUUACUUCAGUAUUUGCAAUGUUAGUGAUUUAUGAUAACAGCAUACAUAUGUGUUUGAAAGAAACCUUUGUGUUACAACUUGAAUGAUUUAUUAUUAUAUUAUAUCUAAGAUAUACCAUAAUGAAGAAGUCAACAGAUAUAAUGCUAAUAUAGAGUAACACAUUAUUAUUUUCAGAUCUCAGUACUUGUAACAUUCUCUGCAAAUUUUGUUAUUAAAGAAAUUAAUGAAAAACUUUGCUGAAAUGACAUUUUGAAUUAAAAGUUUCAUAUUGAUAAUUUAAAUAACUAACAGGUGUAAAUAUUAAAAGUGAGGAUUAAAAUUUAUCCUUCUCUAUUUUUUCAAGAAAAUUUGGAAAUAGCUUUAUGCAUGUAAGUUAGUACUGAUAAAUCAAAUGUUAGGGAAAAAAAAUUAAAAUCCCUUAUUCAGGUAUUCAAAUUAAGAUCAGUGUUCAAGAACACAUGGUUGUGUCCAAGAUGUAUGUAUUUUAAGGACAUGCUAAAAAGAAACUCUUUUUCAAAAUCAUAAAAAAAAACAUUGUUGUCAGAAAGAAAGUCAAAGAAAUAAGUUUAUAGCAACAUUAUUUUGCCAGCAUACAAUAUA